GACAGUGCUAGCUAUAAAUAUCAUUCGUUCAAUAAUAAUACGCAUAAAUAAGAAAAAAAAAUCGAUGAUAAAGGUUAUACGGCGUCGUUCCAUAAAAAUUACUGCAUACAGUUGCAUAAAUUGUCAAGUGGCACACAGGUGGCAUACGUUCAAAUUCAUAAUUGAGAGACGCAAUCAUCCUCGUGCGUAUUCUCUCAUCGUUGUCAGUGAUGAGUAAAAAACAAAUAAUGAAAAAAAAAAUGAGCAAACAAGUGUUCACUACUAUUUAAAGAGAAGCACAUACACAUAUAUAACUUUAUGCAAACGGAGCCAAAAAAUCAUUUGACACUUAAUGUCCUAGAUUACUAUACUCAGCUUGAUCCAUGGCUGGUUCAGUCACCUUUCCCUUUAUUAUGUCAGCAGACGCCUAAAAGUAUACGUUUUAAUUGUACUAUGUAUCGAAUUGGCUGUUUAAUAAUAUUUUUUUCAUGCCUGGCGCAUGUGAUACUGAGUGUUCACUCAACGGAACCUGUAUUGACGUUUGAACUGAGGCAGUUUUAUGAGUUUAUGGUCACGUUCGGGAGAUCCUAUAAAAAUGCAGCUGAGCAAGCGACACGGUUUGAUAUUUUCAGAGGUAAUUUGAAAAUCAUUGAGAAGUUAAAUAACGAUGUCUAUGACAACGCGACUUAUGGAAUCACGAAGUUUGCUGAUUUAACUGCUGAUGAGUUCAAGCGAAAGAUGCUGCACUUCAACGACACUCCACCCGGGAUUUCCCUGAAAUCUCCAAAAAUAAUUUCGGGCAGGCCCAAAAUCUUUCCAUCGCGUAUUCGACGCGAUAUGAGCAGCUUCUCAUGGACGCAAAACCCUUACUACCCUCCUCCAUACGAUCAAGGUGCAUUUGAUACAUGCGGGCAUAUUGGGGGUGUAAGCGCCAUGUCAAUCAUGUACUCGGCUCUGAAAAGAAAGAAGAGAAACCUUUCAAUACAACAGCUAAUAGAUUGUGAUCGACAUUGCCGCGACGCUGUGACUUAUUCCAUGCUGUUCCCGGCCAUUCAUGCCACUUAUUUGGCGACGGAGAACGACUAUCCCUACAGUGGAGGACCACGGGAAUGCAAUAUGGCCGCUGCAGCCAAAGGCGUGGCGACCAUCAGUAGCUGGAGCCUAGUUGAAGGCGAGAGAGAAAUUUUGGAUAAAAUCCGAUAUGGCCCUCUUCCUGCCCAUAUUAACGGAGACAGAAUACAACAUUACACAGGAGGAAUCCUUCGGCAUUGUCCUAACACUGGAUCCAACCACGGUGCAACUAUCGUAGGGUACGGAACUGAGGACGGUGUCAAUUACUAUCUCGUGCGAAAUACAUAUGGUAAAGAUUGGGGUCCUUUAGAGGGGCAUCUGAAGGUUGAAAGAGGCACGUGUGACAUCGAAGAGAGAGUUUAUUCCAUACAGAUACUCACGAGAAGUGUCAGCAAUAAAUGUACCCUCAGUUAAUAAAGUAUCAUACUUUCCAAUUAAUUGAAAUCAAAAAAGUACAUUGAAAGGUGGAUAUGGAUAUAAGAAUGGACCACUAGACAAGGUACGAAGUUAAGCAUUCUGAUACAUAUUUCUUGCACGUAAUUUCACGUAAAACACGAUUUGCGCAACGAGAAUAUACUGAAAUCCACCCCUAAUUAAGAUAAGAUGUUUCUCUUCGCACACUAAAGUUUACCAUGACAAUCUCUGCGAUAUGAAAAACUGGCAACCACAAUCUUGACGUUUUGACUCAGCUUUAGCAAAUUAUAUACGCUCUGAGCGAUAAAUGGUGGGAAAAAACAAUGUUCGACUGAGAAACCUGCCAAAACUGUUGCGAGGCGCGAUUUGACUCACGUAUAGAGAAUUGCGUAUCUUGUGACUGGGCAAUAAUUCAAAAUUCCCGUAAACAAUGUAAAAUAAAAACGUUGAUAUCUUAGAUAGGAGUUGAUUUCAGUUCUUUUCGGAGCAAGAAUCGUGUCUUACGUGAUAUUAUCGUUGAGGAACAUUUAUCAGAAUGCUUAAAUUCGUACCUUUUUUGAUGGUCCAUUCAAUCUAAAAAGGCAAACUUAGAGAACUUUCCUAAUUUUUCUCGGAACAAAUAUUUUAUCGGGUGAAACGUGGCAACGUUGGAAUCCUCGCUUACUAAGUCCCAUUAUUUGAUGCCGCGAUUAUAUUAACGCGAGUUUGAAUAAUGCUGAAAAGUCAGUGCAUCCGGCGGCGUUAAACGCUUAUUAGCGCCUACAAGACUCUGGGAAUACUUCACGCACUGCGCAAAACAAUGCGGUCGGCGUGACACGCAUAUAAGCGCCUAUGAGACAGCAUGAAUAUUUCUCGCAUUGCGCCAAACGCACCGCAGACGAUCAGUUGGCGUGAAACGCAUAAUCCAUUAAUUAGACUGUGCAUCAAAAAAGUACAUUGAAAUGUGGGCAUGAACAAGAAUUAGGCUAAAAUUAUUCGCACUGCCAACUGUUAAGUAUCUCCACCACUCUGCACGGCCUAAUUCGGCUAAACGAUAAGUUCAAACUUUCCGAGAAAAAGUGAAAUAUUGGCGAUAUUAUGCGUCAUGUAUUUGGUAGAAAUUAUUAUUAAAGUUUUAGUUGCGUAUACCCCCCUCCUCCCCCAUCGCGGUCACGGUUUAUGUGUGUUGCACAAUGCAUUCAUCGUUUCUUUAAAAUUCAUCAAAGGUUAAAAGGUUGUAGAAAAAAUUCACAUGUGACGAAUUUGAAGAAUCUCAUAACAGUCGUGUUCCUUGUAGGCUAGCCGCCUUUCACACUACGAGUGUUAAUGAGUUAAAACUUAAGAAUGUAAAAUUUAAAAAAAUUACUGUACUUCAUUCGUCAGUUACAUGUCUACUAAUCUAUAGGUUCCCUAGCUUUGAGUGUAAAAACUUUGAUGAAUUAAUACUGCAUGGUGCGUAGUAUGUUCACCGAAUACCAGUAAGUCAAUUUUACCGUAGGUAAAUGCAACCGAUAUAACUUUUUUUUUCCAAACUACGAUUCGAUUUAGCAAGUACGAAUCGAGUUCAUGUCACGUGCGAAGAAGUUUAUAUGCAGUUCUUAAAAGGUAAUAACCUUCUUACUAGCGUCUGACUUAUCAAACUGAGAUAGUUGAAGUUCGCAUUUUUUCCAUGUGGGUUAGGUUCUUGUAUCAAGAGCUGCCUUUUUUUGAAAAUUCAAAAGUUCUUUCGAGAAAAUAUUUUUAGAUUGUCCUUGAGAGAUAUAAACAAAUCCCUCUGGAAUGGAUGUCACCGUGCAAUGGAAUGACGUUUUACAUUUACCUUUAAGUAUGUUCAAAUUUAUUCUUUCCCUUAGUCUAUGUGACGCAAUUUCACCAUGUAGUCGUCACGGAGGCUUCCAAAUCCUGUUUUUUGCGUCACAAUAAUUGAGGAAAAAUCCAAGAUAAAUUCGUAGAGGUGUGGAUUCACGCAAUGCCCUAGAUGCGAGGGACAAAAAGGCAGAGUUAGCAAUCCAGUGCGUUGUCAAGCACAGUUCCUUUAUAAAAUAGCGAAAAUUAAUGUGUGCUCCUUCAUCCAUACUUUGUAAAUAUUUACAUCUAAUUGCCCUGUAUUAAUUAUGUACACAUAUACUGCUUGUUCUUUUUUUUCUUGUUUCAGGUGUACCCAGGACCGACUGUACUCACACCAACCCGGCCAAUUUUUGCUUUGGCCCGGCCUGGGACACCUGGAAUAAAUUAUUUGUAAAUUUGGACCCUGCCUCAGUGUCUAAACUCACAAUAGGGUUGCAUUCAACCCACCAAUUAGCAUGAUUAUUCUUGAUCUUUAUAUUGAUCUGUACAUUUCUAUAUUUGUAAAAUAGGUGAAAUUCUGAAUAAAUUCUAAAAAAAAGAAGAAAAAA